AUGUUUAAUUCUAACCAAACGACUGACAAAGUACCUGAAGUUAUUGAAACGGUGCAAACAGACUCAUUUGAGCCAUCACAAAACAGACAUGGCCAAAUCCAGAAAGAACACUACACUUAUGAUGCUGAAGCCAGGCGUCAUCGUUUAGACGGGGGUGUCAAACUUAGAGACGCUUUGAUGAUUCUAUGUGCUGGAUUUGCAUUGAUUUCCGAUGGAUACCAAAACAACGUCAUGUCAAUGUUGAACAAGGUGUUUGCGAUAGAGUACCCAAAAGUGUAUGACACCAACUUGUCAACCCAAGUUUCCAAUGCAUCCUUGGUGGGUACCAUUUUUGGUCAGCUUGUGAUUGGAUUCUGUGCUGAUUUGAUCAGUAGAAAAUCAGCCAUUAUUAUUGCCACUUGUUUUUUGAUUUUUGGAAGUGCAUUGUGUGCUGCGUCCCAUGGUAAGACAGUAUUGGGUAUGUUUUGGAUGUUGACGAUUAUGAGAGGAGUAACUGGGUUCGGUAUCGGGGCUGAAUAUCCUUCGAGUUCAGUCACGGCCAGUGAAGCAGCAAAUGAAUCGGUUAAAAGAAGAGGAAUGGCAUUCAUAUUGGCAACAAAUGUGCCAUUGGCAUUUGGGGGCCCAUUUGCAUCAAUCAUCUUCCUUAUUGUAAAUAAAAUUACAAAGACCCAUUAUGAUGCCUUGUGGAGAACCAUGUUUGCCAUUGGAUGUUUCUGGCCAUUGUCAGUCUUUUAUUUCAGAAUGAAAAUGGUCACUAGUGUCUUGUUUAAAAAGAAUGCCAUUAGACAUAGGCCACCAUAUUGGUUAGCCCUCAAGUACUACUGGCCAAGGUUGUUUGGUACAACAGUAACUUGGUUCUUGUACGAUUUCGUUACUUUCCCCAAUGGUAUCUUUUCAGCAACAAUCAUUUCCAAUGUGAUAUCCGAUACUGGUGAUUUAGAAAGGAUUGCCGAAUGGAACUUGUUGCUUGGAACAAUUGCACUACCAGGCUGUUUUGUUGGUGCGUACAUUGUUGACAGAAUUGGAAAGAAGUACACCAUGUUGAUUGGAUUUAUUGGCUAUAUCGUAUUUGGACUUAUCGUUGGUAUCGCUUAUUAUAGAGUCAAGAAGAUUACGGCGUUGUUUAUCGUUCUUUACGGGUUAAUGCAAAGUUUCGGUAAUGCUGGUAUGGGAAAUGUCUUGGGAUUGGUUUCGAGUGAAUCCUUUGCCACCCCAAUUAGAGGUACUUUUUACGGUUUCAGUGCCAUUAUUGGAAAAGUGGGUGCUGUUUGUGGAACUAAAGCUUUCGACCGUGUAUUGACCAUUGGAGGCUCAAAAGCAAGUGGACAAAGAUAUACUUUUAUUAUUGCUGCUUGUUGUGGGUUGGUAGGUGUUAUAAUCACUUGGAUAUUCAUUCCUCAUUUGAAAACCGAUGAUUUGUUGGAGGAAGAUGUCAAGUUUAAGAAUUAUCUUAGGGAUCAAGGAUGGCACGGUACUAUUGGUCUUGAAGAGAAAGCAGAUGAGGAGAGUUUGGACAGUUCUGAAGAGUCAGAUGCUGUUGAAUUGCAAGACCAAAAACCAGUUGAAUAUAAGGGAAAUAUGUAA